AUGAUGAGGAUGCAGCAGGACUCACACGGCUUUCUGGUCCUACUCCUCUUGGUCUCCAUCGCUGGGAUAGCGCUGUCUGGUCCCUCAACUCCUCGCAGGAGCAGAGUGCGACGUCAGAACAUGAAAGUUCGCAUCAACGCCACAGGAGACACCAUUGUGAUGAAGUUUCUGCGACCAAACGCUGACACCAAGCUCGAGGGCUACAUCCUGGGUUAUGGCAGCAGCAUGUUCUCCAAACAGUUCAUUCCGCUGCCAGAGAACGGAGAGCCGUAUGAGACUGAGUUUGAUGCUGAGCCCAAGUACCUUAUAGCCGUUCAGCCCAUCCCGACCAACGAUGUGAAAAAGCAUUGCACAGGUAAAGUGGAACUGCAGAAGCCGCUACACUUGGUGAUUGGAUCAGUAACGCCCACCUCAGUGCUCCUGUCCUGGGGGACACUGCUGAAAACACCCCAUGAGGGCAAUAUCAUGAAUGACUGUGUAGAGGACGGACACUACACGGUGCGCUAUCGUGAGAGGAGCAGGAAGUGGAACUACCAGACUUGCCCUACCAGCGACACAGUCAUCGACAAUCUGAAACCCAACACAGUCUAUGAGUUUGGUGUUCAGCCCAACGCCAAGGAUGUCACUGGAAUGUGGAGCAAGCCGGUCAUUCACAACAUCAGCUCGGGGGGCUUAGAGAAGAAGGCCAUCAGGAAAAUCUUUAAGCGGCCUCUCAACCCUGUGAAACCUAUAGCAUCAGGUCCACGCUCCUUCCCCUUUGCUCCUCGCCAUGCUCCAACCACAAGUACUACUACAACUACUAGACAGGAAUCUCUGUCAACUCCUGGACCCACACGGCCUACCGUCACCAAACGGCCAAUCGGUGGAGGAGACCUCUCCAGAUCUGUCUUGCCUCCUUUCCUUGAAAUUCCAUUAGGUUCCAAGGUCCAUCCUACACUACACAUUACUCCCUCUGUGGCGUCUGUGCCAGUCUCCCAAACAAAUUUGGAUAAACAUGGAGUGUACCCACAGCAUCGGCCACAACCAAAGCCUAAACCAACACCACAGUACAUAACUCAGACCAAACCAACAUCAAAACUCAUACCCCACACCCAACCACAACCCAAACCAACAUCGAAACGCAUACCCCAGACCAAACCAAAACCCAAACCAACAUCAAAACUCAUACCCAAGACAAAUUCAAAACCCAAACCAACAUCAAAACUCAUAGAUCAGACAGAUUCAAAUCCCAAACCAACAUCAAAACUCAUACCCCACACCCAACCACAACCUCACCCAACAUCAAAACUCAUACCCCAGACCCAACCACAACCCCAACCAACAUCAAAACUUAUUCACCAGGCCCAACCACAACCAACAUCAAAACUCAUACCCCAGACCCAACCACAACCUCAACCAACAUCCAAGCCCACGUCCCAGAUCAAACAUCAACCACAACGGACAUCAGAACUCAUACCGCAGACCCAACCUCAACCAACUUCCCAGACGGUGACCCAGACUCAACCAGAGCCCCAAACAACAUCAUCUCAGACCAGGACCUACUCUGAACCCACCAAGGUCACCCCAAGGCACACUGUUCCUACGGCUCCUAGUCCAGCAGAAGAGGGCAAGCCUCUACCAAGACCUGCCCUGGCUACCAAGAGAGCCGGUAGUUACAAUCUUGGUACUGGCAUCCACAGACCAUCCAAAGCUGAAGUCCCUCGUUCUCCCAUUAGCUCAUCAAUUCCUGCAGGAGCAAGAAACAACACGCUCUCUCGCACCCGGAUUCAUCCUCAUUCCACUGGUGGUGGUGUCAGAACAGGUUCUUCAUCCAAGACAUUGACAUCUUCUCGCAGCUCCAGCACACCUGGGGCCGAUGGGGUUCAUCAUAGGCCCAUUGCUCUUCCUAAGCCUGUGGUGUGGUCCAAAGAAAACCCUGUUCUGCAACCCCCUAUUCCCGUCAACAAGAGACCCAACCUGGUGGGGAAACCAACUGACCAUGAUAAACCCAUGGACCUAAAACAAGGAGACAAAGAGUCCAUCUUGAAGCCAUUCCCUCUGGUCACAGCCAAGCCCAAACAAGAGCGAAGACAGCCGACGACUACCUCUGCCCCGGCAGUGAACAGCAGCCACUUUGACAUAUAUGAAAACUCCUCCAUAUUCAGGCCCCUACCGGCAUCAGACCUAGACAUCAUGGGCAAGAAGCGUUUUGUAGCUCCCCACGUGAUCUACAAGACGGAUAAAAAGCCAGACGAGCCGUGCUCCAUCACCUCCUCUCUCUCUUUUUUCCCUGAGGAGGAGGGCAGCGAUCAGAAUGUGACGACCCCACCCCGCAUCCCUCCCUCCAACCUCACCGUGGUCACCGUGGAGGGCUGCCCGUCCUUUGUCAUUCUUGACUGGCAGAAAUCUGACAACGAAACCAGAGAAUAUGAAGUUGUGUCCACCGCUAAAGGACCGAAUGGACAGGAAGUUUCCAUAUUGACGACCAACCAGACACACACGGCCGUGGAGAAUCUCAAACCGGAGAGCAAUUACGAAUUCACAGUAACACCAAAGAAUGAGCUGGGAACCGGACCCUCCUCUGAUCCCGUGACUUUUAGCACAGAAUCAGCUGAUCCACGAGUGAGUGAAUAUGUUGCAGGCAAAGACGCCAUAUGGACUCAGUUCCCAUUUAAAUCAGACGGCUACUCUGAAUGCAACGGGAAGCAGUAUGUGAAGAGAACCUGGUACAGGAAGUUUGUAGGGAUCCAGCUCUGCAACUCGCUGAGAUACAAACUCUACCUGAGUGACUCACUCAAUGGUAAGUUCUACAACAUUGGAGAUCAGACGGGGCACGGUGAGGACCAUUGCCAGUUUGUCGACUCCUUCCUGGAUGGACGGACCGGCACCCAGAUGUUUGCAGACCAGCUGCCAAGCAGGCUAGGGUUCUACAGAGCACUGAGACAGGAACCUGUCCACUUUGGAGAUAUCGGAGGGAAGUCACACGUUACCUAUGUGGGCUGGUACGAGUGUGGCACACCUAUUCCUGGGAAGUGGUAAGAUCUCACAGCGCUUGCCCGGAGGAUGGCUCCAUAGCUUCCAAGAAGAAGACAAGCUUUUCUAUAAUGUUACCAUGGACACUGUCAGUCUGAACUCGGCCUACUCUCAUCGGCCUACUCUCAUCGGCCUACUCCCUACUAUCAUGUGUCACAGAACUCUGUCCCAUGCAUUUGUAACAUUGGUCUUAAUUUCUCUAUUUAUCCAAAAUGCCACGAUGGACAAAAGAGUGCAGGAGUGUAAGUGAACCAAAAUGUUGAAUAUACAGUAAUCGGCAAAACUAUUGGGAAGCUGGCUCCCAAAGUGUAUUAACGUGUAUGAUAUUAUUUAUCAAUGGUUUGUUAUGAAUAUUCGGUGUGCUUGGGCUUUUGAGAUAGGAAAGUAAAAGUUGUUCCCAGUACUUGCAUGUCAGUGAACACACACAAACGUCAUUUGUACACAGAAAUAUGCCAAAUUAUACUUUUCUUUGUACAAUUGGACUCUGUAAAGUACAUGUAUGGGUUAGGGUUAGGGUUAGGGACACAGACAUGCAGAAUCGACCUUCUGCUGGCCCUAAGGGAUUAUUAGCAGUUGCAGUUUGCACAGUAUUAAACUUUUUUUCAUAUAUGUAUAUGAUGUCAAGUACAGUUUGUAAACCAGUGACCACAGAAACAUUUCAGGUAAAACAUAAAAUAGUUUUAGCCAAAUUGUUGAUCUGUUUGUAAGAAAUCCAACGUUUGAGUUUCUGUGGAGUCACUUGAAAACAAAAGCAUUUGUAUUUUUUUA